AUGACAGGCUGCCGCUUCUGGCCUUGCUCUCCUGCUGAUCCCCGCGCGCCUCCCCUGACGAUCUCCACUGACUGUCCUCCCUUCCCGCCCGCUUCCAUCGCCGAGCUGGAGAGUGGUGACUCCUCUCCCAUUCCCUUGCGCCGGUCUCAUACGGUUGACGCCUCGUCGCGGGUGGUGACCACUCCUCCUUUCCCCUUCUCUGCUGCCAAAGGCUUGGCGGUGAGUGUCCCGCCACGUCCUGCCUUCCUUCCCCCAAGUGACGUCGGUUGGUCGACCGCGAAUCGCCACUGGGCCUUAUUUCCCACUUCCGUUGUUGGCGCGGCGAGCGUGAUCCUCCCCUCCGUCGCCCUUCCUGCAGCCACGGCGGCUCCGGCGAGUGGUAUUCCCUGCCCCGCUCUCCCCCAAGUGCCCGCUGUCGAGCCACCGAGCGCCCCUCGCUCUCCUGUCCACCUCCACGCAUCUCUCCCCAGCCAUCGUACCGCUCUAUUCUCGGCAGUGGUUCCCUCGGUGUUCACGAGCCUCCGUCCCGCUGCCCCGCCCGCCGUCGCUGGCUUACUGGCGUGCGUGCCUGCUGAGCUUCUCCUCCCCCUCGCGAUCCUCGCGGCUGCACCGAGCGCGCCUCUUGCUCUUGAUUGCGGCCUUCCUGCUGCAGCGCGUCACGUGAGUGCUGCCUCCCUAAGAGGUUGGGACCUGCAGCACGUGCCUCUUCCGUCCGCGCCUCCUCCUCUUCUUCUUCUGCUGCCGCAGCGGAGUCGGCGGUUCCCGUGGCUGCCGCGAGCUCCUCUUCCUCGUCUCCGCUCGGGACGUGAGGGUCCGCACUUCUCUGCUGAGGCCAGAGCUUUCUCCUCGGUUCCGUGA